CUCGACAGUUAUUUCUUGACAGUUAUUUCAUGACAGUUAUUUCUUGACAGUUAUUUCAUGACAGUUAUUUCUUGACAGUUAUUUCAUGACAGUUAUUUCUUGACAGUUAUUUCUUGACAGUUAUUUCUUGACAGUUAUUUCUGUUACGUCUGUUACUUCUACCCCUGUCACUUCCUGUCACUUACUUUUUUAACCGUUUUCCUGGUGCUUACUUAGCAGUGAUUUCUAUUACUUAACAGUUUAUGAAUCGACCGACCGUUCAAUAUACUGAAAACUGUUGGUGCCAAAACUCCGUGCACCAGCGAAAAAGUGACUCGAUGAUUUAUUGGCUUACGGGUGCUGGACACUGGAUACUCUGUCCACCACCAUGACAUUAUCGUAUAUCCACAGGGAUCACCACGAGUUAUCAGACGCCGAGUUCGUCCGGUUGAAGCACGAGUGUCUCAAAGCCAGAGACGUUUCGUACUCGCCAUAUUCCAAAUUUAGGGUUGGCUGUUGUAUUAUAACUUCAACCAAUGAGUUUAUUUCCGGGGCUAACGUCGAAAAUGCUUCGUAUGGUGCUGGGGUAUGUGCUGAACGUACCACCAUUUGUAAAGCAGUUCUGCAAGGUUAUAAAACUUAUAAAGCAAUUGCCAUUUCAAGUGACUCAAAUCAACCAAUAAGUCCUUGUGGAAUUUGUAGACAAUUCAUUAGAGAAUUUGCUCCAAAUAUCCCGGUAUUCAUGUUUGAUUCAAAUGGCGAUCAAUAUAUUAAGUGUUAUCUCGAAGAUUUGUUGCCUUUGAGUUUUGGUCCAGAAAACUUGGGCAUAGACCCAAGACUGGUUUAGCUGUAUAUACAAUGAAUAAUAUACAAUAAAGAG